ACUCUCUCUACUACUCUCUACUCUCAUACCGUACCUCAUAAUACUACUACUACCUCUUCGCACGCUCCCACUGCACAAUCUAAUCGCACAGCAAUUGCCCACCCCGCGACAUGGCGUUCCAACCCCCGCCAAGACACCCCGCGGCCUUGACGCCGCCCUCGCGGCCCGACUCGCCCGGCGCAACAGACUGGAAGACCAGAAUGAAGGCGCGUUCCAGCGCAACGGGACACAAGGCCCUCAACAAGGGUAUUGCGGUCAGCGAUAACCUCGGAGGCAAGAUCAACAGCUUUGCGGAAAGACGGCUGGGCACGGAACACUUCUGGCCCGUGACGGGCGACUUUCCGCAGGAGAUGGACAAGGCGGCGCGUAUUCUGAGGAGCUUUACUGUCAACGGCAUCAUGACGCAGGAGAAGAAGUCGAAGAAGAAAAUCAUCCGCAAGAUCCCCUCGUCGGUCAUUGCCAACGCGAAGGGCCUGGCAAUCUUCACUUCGAUGCGGAGCGGAAUCGCGCCGCUCGGCGGUGCCGGUGGUGCCGGCCUGGUGGUCGCGAGGCUCGAGGACGGGUCGUGGUCGGCGCCGGCGGCCAUCUCGCCCCAGAACCUCAGCACAGGGUUCCUCCUCGGCGUCGACAUCUAUGACUGCAUCCUCGUCAUCCGCAGCCAGGAAGCCCUCGACUCGUUCGGCAGCCACAAGGUGACGCUGGGCACGGAGAUCGCCGUCGCUGCGGGUCCUUGGGGCGCUGGUGCGGCCGUCGAGGCGGGCAAGGAGCGCGCCGCCGUGUUCAGCUACAUCAAUUCGAGAGGCAUGUAUGCUGGCGUCGAGGUCGUGGGCCAGGCGUUCUUCUCGCGCACCGACGAGAACGGCAACAUGUACCACUGGCCUGGGGUGAAGGCGGCGGAUAUCCUCGGCGGCAAGGUCCCCGUCCCCCGCGAGGCCUACAACCUGAUGGACGCCCUCAAGGACGCCGAAAGCGGCGCGGCCCAGCGCCGCAUCGUCACAGCCAGCACGGAGAUCGAGGACCAGGUCGCCGAGGGGUUGUCCAACCUUGAGCUGGAGGAGGGCGAGGUGCUCAAGCUGCCGCCUACGCCGACGCAGACCGACGGGCACGAGGGCGAGUCCGACCCCGAGACGGAGCGCAUCACGCACCGCUCGUGGACGCUGGCGCUGCCCAAAGCGCUGCGACACCAGGCGCGCCACUCUGUGGACGGGGUACCUCCGCCACCCCCACCGCGGCGCAGAGUUCCCCCGUUCUCGGCUGGCGCAUCACCCGGCGCGACCCCACCGCCGGUCCCACCACGCUCCCAUGCGCGCACGAGAUCCGUCAGCCCGCCGUCCGGACCGCUGGGCUACACCGCCCCCUACGAGACGAGGAAAGAGCACGUCCCUAGCCCGCUGGCCCCGACCGACGGCUUUGUGCACGACGCGCUCCCGCUCUCGCCUCACGGCUCGAUGACGUCCGGCUCAGCCGCGUCGGGCUCGCUCGCGUCGCCGGCCUCCAACGCGCCGCCACCGUACGAGUCCAUGUCCCCGUCCGAGCGGCGCGAGUGGGAGCAGCACGAGGCGAGCCUCGGCACGCCUGCGUCCAUCAUCCCCGAGGGCCAGACGCCCCUGCUCGUCCCGGAGAGCGGCACGCCCGCGCUCUUGAUCCCGCCCGUCGCUUCGCCUGGGCUGCAGAUCCCCCUGCCUGAGCUGACCGAGGAAGAGAAGGAGAACUGGGAGAAGCAGGAGAAGGAGAGGAAGGAGCGCGAGGAGGAGGAGCAGCUCGUUUAGAUACUUAGAUGCUUGUUGUAUUAGCAGAUGCGUACAGAUUCAGCCA